GUGUGAGAGAGAGAUAGAGAUAGAGAGAGAAACAGAAAUAUUCUCUUUUGGAGUAGCUAUCAUGUGUGUGUUUUUUUCUCUACGAUAUAUAUGAUUCAAACAAAGGCAAAAAGACGAACAUCUGUCUCUCAACUUGAUUCACAAUUCAAGAAAAAUCCAUGGCGUUUCUUGCUGUUUCUGGUUUUCUUCAUCUUCAUUUGAAGAACAUGACUUGAUGAGUUACAUACACCCAUCAUCAUCAUCAUCAUCAUCAAAUCAUCGUCUUCAUCUGUAUUUGGUUACACCUUCUUUUCUUGCUCAUAAAUCGCGUUAAUUUAUAGUUUAUUUUCUGCAAGAAUCGACAAAAACGAUGUCUAGUUACAGAUUCUCUUCAUGUUUGAUGAACAAGACACAGCCAUCAUCAUCAUCAUCAUCAUCAUCUUCUCAUCUACAUCAGAUUCAUCUGUAGUUGCUAUAGUUAGAAGCUCCUUUCUCGUUUUUAUUCUUCAAGAAUCAAAGAAGAUGAUAUCUGGUUAUGGGUUUUCUUCAUCUUUGAAGAAUAAUUGAGUUCCAGCUGCCAUCUUCAUCUUCAUCUGUCUGUAAUUUUGCUAGCUAGCAGUUAGCGUUUUGUUGUUCAUCAUUCACCACUUUGCUGGUGUUUUUUUCCCAUGAAAACGAUAUCUGAAGAACAUACAGCAAUCAACAUCAUCAUCUUCAUCUGCUAGUGUUCAUCUGUAAUAUUUAUUAGUCAGAAAGAAAAUCUUCAAUUGUUCACCACUUACCCUAAUUUGUUGUUUUUUUUAUUCAAUAUCCAACAAAAAUGAUGUCUGGUGAUGGGUUCUCAUCGCCACCUUCUUCCCUCACCUCCUUCAUCCACGACCCCAUCCCAAACCCUAACCCUAACCCUAAUUCAUCAGCUUCAGGUAAACGAAAACGUAACCAGGCCGGUAAUCCAGAUCCAGAUGCUGAGGUGAUAGCGUUAUCACCAACUUCUCUAAUGGCUACAAACCGAUUCGUCUGCGAGAUAUGUAAUAAGGGUUUUCAAAGAGACCAAAAUUUGCAGCUUCAUAGAAGAGGACACAACUUGCCAUGGAAGCUUAAGCAAAGAAACAAAAACGAAGUGAUAAAGAAGAAAGUGUACAUAUGCCCAGAGAAGAGCUGUGUUCAUCAUGACCCUUCUCGAGCUCUCGGAGAUCUCACCGGAGUUAAGAAGCAUUUCAGUCGAAAACACGGCGAAAAGAAAUGGAAGUGCGAAAAGUGUUCGAAGAAGUACGCAGUCCAGUCAGAUUGGAAAGCUCAUAGCAAGAUUUGCGGUACCAGAGAGUACAAAUGUGAUUGUGGAACGCUUUUUUCCAGGAAGGAUAGCUUCAUAACACAUAGAGCAUUUUGUGAUGCUUUAAUGGAAGAAAAUUCAAGAAUGACAUCACUUCCGGUGGUUCCAAACAUGACGAAUCUGAGUUUUCGGAGCGAUUUGAUGAUGAUGAAUGCCGGUGGCGGUGGCGGUGGCGGUGGUGGUAACGGUGGUGGUGAUACACAGUUUCAAGGUAUGUUUCCUGGAGGUCUAGAAGGUAAUCUAGAUGUCAAUGGAGCAAAACCAAGAUUGCCAAUUUGGUUAGACCACAAUGCCAACAAUCCCCAUCUUGAAAACCCUAACAAUUCAACUUUUUUGGGGUCGUCGAGCUCGAACUACAGCAAUAGCGGAAUGCUACCAUCGGAAAUGGUGAAUUGGUUGAGUAGAUAUAAUGGAUUACCACAAGGGUUAUCUUUAAAGGAGGAAGAAGAGAACCAAAAAGAAAUGCAGAUGAACUCUAUGUAUAAUUAUGGCGGUUCCACCACUCAAAACAACCUCCUGUGUUCAACUCUGCCACCGCCACCGGUGGCUAACAUGUCCGCCACCGCUCUCCUACAGAAGGCAGCUCAAAUGGGGUCAACAAGAAGCACAAAUGCCGGAGUUUCCGGUGGAAACGAUACCGGAUUUGGGCUCAUGAGUACAACUCUCUCCAGCUUAUCAAGCCCCGCUAGAAACGGCGACAGACUGAUGAUGAUGACGGCAGCGGCCGACGGAUCGACACCAAACAAAGUAGCCGGCGGCAAUGAGUUCGGCGACGGCGAUUUAACCAGGGAUUUUCUCGGCGGUGCCAGAAACGAGCGGAGUCAUGUAUCGUUUAAUUUACAACAAGAGCUAAGCAAGUUCGCUUCUUCCACGAUGGGAUUCAGCCAAUUCAAUCGAAAUCGUGAAUAAGAGAGUCGGGAUUGUCGUUGGACGAUGUAGUUUUAAUCAGCAUCGGGAGAUUGUAUUUAGCAAUGCUUUCGGGUACAUCUUUUUGGACGAUUUACUUUUAGUGACAGAUUUCUGUCAUAAAUGCAUCACGAACGGUUUUAAA